GGACAUGUGGUAGCCAACUACAAAACAGAGGGGAGAAGAGGUCAACUUGGACAAGUGACUGGGUCUUCAUUCACACUGACUCAUCAACCUCCCCCGUCUAUUAUAAAACAAGUAGCACAUAAAACAAAUUAAAACACCCAUUUGCAGGGUGUAAAUAGUGCUUAUAAAACAAUGAGAGCUGAUUUGGAAGAAGCCAACAAUAAAGAAAAGGGAGGAGAAGGAGAAACCAAUGAGAAAAUAUCAAGAUCAAUGAGGGAAGUGAACAGAAAAACGCAAUCCCCUUGCCUAAAAGAGUUAUCGCAAGUAUGCCUCCAUGGCUGCUGCCCAUCCCCUUUCCUCAGCGCACAUGAGCCUCAAAGCAAAGCCUCCAAACCCACAAGCACUUCUGCAGCUUAUCGCCGUGACUUUGCAUCGAAAACUACUUCCUCUAUUUUCCCAAACACCCAAUUCACCAAUCAUGAAUCUCUUCCAUCUGUGCAAGAAUCGCUUGCUGAAUUCAGCAAAGCUUAUCCACAGUACUCUGACUCCUAUCAAGUCGACCAAAUACGAGCCCAAGAAUAUUAUCAUCUCUCGCUCUCCAACCAUACCUGCCUUGAUUAUCUUGGCAUCGGCCUCUUCUCCUAUUCCCAACUACAAAAACACGAGUCUCCAACAUAUCGAAUUGCCUCUUCUUCCUUCCCUGUGCCACCACAAUCACCUCCUCCAAUUUUGGAUAUUCCCUUCUUUGGUGUGUCUUACAAGACAGGGAAUCUCAAGACACAGCUACUUCAUGGUGGACCAGCAUCAGAGCUGGAAUCUGCGAUCAGGAAGAGGAUCAUGACUUUUCUUAAUGUUCCAGAAAAUGAUUACUGCAUGGUUUUCACCGCGAAUAAGACAUCAGCUUUCAAACUUCUUGCAGAAUCUUACCCCUUCCAGUCUAAUAGGAAGCUUUUAACAGUCUAUGAUUACGAGAGUGAGGCAAUUGAAGCCAUGAGCAAUAGCUCCGAGAAAAAGGGGGCUAGAGUGAUGUCAGCAGAAUUCUCAUGGCCAAGACUGAGAAUUCAGUCAUCAAAACUGAGAAAAAUGGUUGAGAGCAAGGAAAAGAACAACAAAAAAAGAGGUCUUUUUGUCUUCCCGCUUCAUUCAAGGAUGACUGGAGCCAGAUAUCCCUACCUCUGGAUGAGCAUCGCGCAGGAAAAUGGGUGGCAUGUGUUGAUUGAUGCGUGUGCAUUGGGACCAAAAGACAUGGACAGCUUUGGCCUCUCACUCUUUCGUCCGGACUUCCUCAUUUGUUCUUUCUACAAGGUUUUUGGAGAAAACCCUUCAGGAUUUGCAUGCCUCUUUGCUAAGAAAUCAACCGUUUCGGUAUUGGAAACUUCCACAAGUUCAGGGAUGGUAGGUCUUGUCCCCGCUGAGAAGCUGUUUCGUUCAGUAACUGAAUCUUCCGACACCGACUCUGAAGUUGAACAGACAUCUAAGCCCAACUUACUAGUAGAUAAACCAGCUACGCCAAGCUCCAUCUCAGGCCCUAUUCCUGUCCAAGCUUCACAAUCUGGAAGAUUUGAAGAGGGGAAAACUUAUGAGAUUCAACGUGCAGAUGUUGCUGAAAAACUGAAAGGCUUGGAAACGACUGAAAUUUCAGAAUCAGAGAAGGCUAUUGAUAUAAUUCAAGAGGAUUAUCUGAAACAGAAAGGAGAGGUUGAAUGUAGGGGCUUGGAUCAGGUGGAUUCAUUAGGACUGGUAACAAUUAGUAAUAGAGCAAGGUGCCUCAUCAAUUGGCUUGUUAAUGCUCUGUUGAAACUCCAGCAUCCUAACACAAAGGGGAUUCCCCUAGUUAGAAUAUAUGGCCCAAAAAUAAAAUUUGAUCGGGGACCAGCAAUCGCAUUCAAUGUAUUUGAUUGGAAGGGAGAAAAAGUUGAACCCGUUCUUGUACAGAAACUCGCGGAUCGGAGUAACAUUUCUCUCAGCUAUGGGUUCCUACACCAUAUAUGUUUUGCAGACAAGUAUCAAGAAGAGAAGGACAAAGUCAUUGAGAGAAGAAGUAAUGAAGCCAAGGGUCUGGAUGGAAACAAGAGAAAAGAUAAAAAUGAUAUGGGAAUAGCAGUAGUUACAGCUGCAUUGGGAUUCCUAGCCAAUUUUCAGGACAUUUAUAAGCUUUGGGCCUUCAUUGCUCAGUUUCUGGAUGCAGACUUUGUGGAGAAGGAGCGGUGGAGAUACACAGCUCUAAAUCAGAAAACUUUUGAAGUUUAAGCUCUAAAUUCAAAAAAACUGCAGUCAACUCAAAAUUGAAGCCAAAGGUUUAAGUACAGAAUCGGAAUUGCCAGAUGAACAGAGGUACAUACCCUGAAUUUUUAUUUUUAAGGUUAUAUGGUCAGAAUCGCCACCAGAUGAUGUUACAUUAAAUAUGCAUUUUCAUUUCAUUAUUGUAUUCUUGUAUGCACAUUUCAAUGAGAGAAAAGCUAUACUUGAUAAGAACAAUGUAAGAAACUGGAUAUACAUGAUGGUCGUUUCAGUCCCAAAAUCUGUCCUCUGCUCAC